AUGUCUGAUAUGGAUCUGGCGGAAAAGGAAGCAGCAACGCAGCAGCAUUCUGUCGCAGAGCAUAUCGACGACACCUCAAGCAAUGGCGCGCCUGUGGACCGUCCCACGACCACCAAGAGGAUGAUGUUCCUGGGCUUCUACGUGGGUAUGGCCGGAUGGAUGUAUAAUUUCGAUCUCGGAUACAGCGGGAUCGUGCUCCAGAUGAUGCCGUUCAAGGAAGCCUUUGGGACGUUUGGACCCGUGAAGAAAGCCAACGGCACGGUGGUCCACGAGUACAGCUUGACGCCGCUGCAACAAUCGCUCGUGUCGGUUGCCAUCAUUUUCAUUGGCGUCGGCGGCGCGCUUGCAGGUCCCAUUGGGAAAUACGGCGGGCGGCGAGGCGCCAUACGAGCAGCGUGUUUCCUGAUCGCCGUUGGUGCCGGCGGCAUGCUUGGGACGGCAGGCAGCUAUCUCAAUUACAUGGUGUGCAAAUGCAUCCAGGGGGUUGGCCUUGGGAUCCUGCUCGCAGCGAGCCCGCUGUGGGGAGCAGAGGUGCUGCUGGCCGAGAAGCGCGGCCUGUUUCUGUCCCUGUUCGGCUGGGGCCUUGCUCUCGGCCAAACCAUGGCCGGCUGCGUCUGUUUGGCGACCUCCAAGUACACGACGUACCUGGCAUGGCAGACCCCGAUCAUCUGCCACAUUCCGCUCGCACUGAUCUUCGGUCUCUGCACAUUCGCAUUCCCCGAGUCGCCACGAUGGUUGCUCACCAAGGGCCGUGAGGCUGAAGCCCGGAGGUCUUUCGCCACUUACUAUGGCAAAGCCGUCGAUGAUCCAAUCAUCAGUUAUCAGGUGCAACAGACAAGUUCGCACAUCGAAGCUGAACUGGCCGCCAUGAAGACUGCAAGCGGCCUCGAGCUGCUCCGUGGAGUCAACCUGAGACGGACAUUCGCCGCCUUGAUCGUCGUCUUGGGAAUCGCCCUGACAGGCAUCAGAUUCAUCACGACCUAUGCCGUGAUCUUCCUCGCGGGUGUCGGUGUCGGAAGCCCGUACCUCGUCACGGUCAUCAUGGCUUCCUGCGUAUGUGUGGGAGUCAUUGGUACUCCAGCCCUGAUGGAAUACCUGGGUCGCCGAUUCGGUCUCCUGGCAGGCUACAGCACGCUGGGGAUAUUCAUGCUGCUCAUCGCCGCGGUCGGUACUGGUCUAGGACCGCAAAGUCGUGUGGCCCAGCUGGUUCUCGUCGUUUUCCUCUGUCUCUGGAACUUUGUCUAUGGCUUAUGUCUCAGCGCCAGCCUCGCCACGAUUUCCGCCGAGCAGCACAGUGUGCGUCUGAGAACCAACGGACAGGCAUUUACGAUUGUUGUUUACGAGGUCUUCGCCUUUGGUUUGUCAUUUGCUGUUCCAUACAUGAUCAGCGCCAACUAUGGUAAUAUGGGAUUGAAUAUCGGAUAUUUCUUUGCCGGGAUAUCGCUCAUCAUCUGGCUCGGGUGCUUUUUCUUUGUCCCAGAGACUGGACGACUGACAUUGGAGCAAAUUGAUGAUAUGUACGCAAGUGGUAAGCCGGCGUGGAAAACAUCACUGAAGGAGAACAAGAGAAUCGCUGCAAUGUCGGCUGGUAUCUGA